AUGUCACAACAAUUACCCGACAAACUAACUCAAAAUAAAUGUGAAGCAGGGGUAGGACACAAAAAACCGCGAAGAAAACGUAAAAAAAAGUCCAACAGUAACCAAAAACCGGGCCGAAAAGAAAUAAGGAAAAAGAAUUCAAAGUUAUCCAUAUCGAUGAGUUUAUGGGCGGAAAAUUUUGCUGUGGCCUCAACAUGGCAAUUGAAGCACCAGCUAGCGUAUUGGAAGGCGAAGGCUAUUGGUUUAGAGUACGAAAAUAAAGUUUUGCAUGAUAUCAUUAGGAAGAAUCAUUAUGUCGAUGAUAAUUGUGUUAAUUCUGAAAUAGAGACAAACGAGUGUUCAGAAAAUGAAGAGUCGAGUGCUAACAAUGAGAGAGAGGUAGAAACUUACGAAGCCUGUGCUGAUGAAAUGGAUUUUGAAGUAAGUGAGGAAUUUAUAGAGUUUUUGGCGGCAAAUGCUAAGUAUAAAGAAGAUGCUAGAAGGGAAAGAGAGCUUUUAAAAGCAAAACAUGAACAAGAAGAAUUAGAUAUAGUGCAAGAAAAAUUAGAGACUUCUGAAGAAAAGGAACAAAGAUUAAAAGAGUUGUAUGGAAGUUAUUGGCAAAGAAUAUCAGCUUUAGAAGUUUCAAUGCAAUCACAAUUUAUUAAUGAAAUUGACAAAGACCAGCCAAUGUGGCAAACAAGCAAGCAACCACCUGAAAUGCUGAAAUAG